AUUUGUGUUAUAAUUUAUAAAUGCAAAUAAAAACUCUAUGUGAAAAUAUACAAGAAAAUAAUCAAAUAUUAAAGGCAGUCUAGGCUUCUAAUAAAAAAUGCACAAAUAUAAAAUUUACAAUGCAACUGAAGUCUGGCAGCGAGAAACAAGUUUGCCUUCGAUACCCACAUUUAGCCAGAACCUGGAUAAUGUUGUAGGCAAUGAUGGCAUACAACUAGGUUCCAUAAAAGAGAUUUUAGGCUUGCCAGGAACUGGGAAAACACAAAUUUGUCUGCAACUGUGUGCCUCAGUUCAAGUGCCAGAAGAGUUGGGUGGACUUAACUCUGAAGCUUUGUAUAUUGAUACUAAUACAAAUUGCACCUGGACUAGAUUUAAAGAAAUACUUGAUGGAAGUUUAACAAGAUGUCAAGGGCUGCUAAAAUCUAAACAAGUAAUAAAUGAAGAUCAAGCUAUUAGAAGAUUGCACCAUGUUAAUGCAUUUGGAAUUGAAAAGUUCUGUGCGUUCUUACACAACAUACCAAAUUUUUUAAUAAGUAGACCAAAUGUGAGGCUGAUAGUUAUAGAUUCAAUAACAUUUCCGUUCAAAGAUGACAUAAAUAUAAAGCUGAGGACCGGUCUAUUGUAUCGAUUGAUGGCAGAUCUACACAGAGUAGCCCAUGAAGGACAAAUAGCGGUGGUCCUAACAAAUGAGAUGAGUACCCGUGUGGGACUGUCAUCGGGUGCCGUGGUGGGUGCGUUGGGAGAUGCGUGGGCGCAUCGCUGCAACAAGCGACUGUUGCUCAGUACACCGGAACCCAUGAAGAACUUAAGACACGCAGUCCUGAUGAAGAGUAACAAUUCUCCGGAACGAGUUGGACAGUUUCUGAUAACAGAAGAAGGAAUAAGGGAUGCGAAUAAAACAUGAAGAACAUUGAUAGUUUUAUUAUAUUGUGUCAAAGAAUAUAUAAAUACACAGUAAACAAAACUACAGCACCAAUAAAUAUCUCAUUUUCACAAAAAUAUCAAGCUUUUAAAUACAUCUCAAGUAUACAAGGCAGUUUCACGGAACAUAGCUUACACGGACUAACAAUAAAGUUUUUCACUGAGUUUCUUAGGAGACAAGGUUUUUUCUUACGAGACAAUAGUGAGUAAGACGCGUUUGUAGUCCCCUUUCGUAUCAUCCUGCAAAAUACACUCUGCUUAGGCCUCAGCCUCGAAUUUUGCGGGCAGCGGGGCGGGAGCGGUGGCGGCGACGCGAGACGCGGUCUGGUAAGUGGUACUCCGCGCGCCGCUGCCUUUGAGGCCAGUUCCAUAUAAGUCUUUACAUUGGAACGCGCCGCUCCCGCGUCGCCGCCGCCACCGCCCCGCUGCCCGCUGAUUUCGAGGCUGAGGCCUUAGAGUCUCACUACACAACACUUAGUAGAAAAACUCCUGAACGCAUGCAAAUUUAUAACAAAGAGACCAAAACUAUUUUGCAGGAUUAAGCACAAAGUGUGACUAAAACAUUCCUGAAGUCACCAGUUAGGUCUUCCUGCAAAUUCGAAAAACACAGCUGUAGGUAG